UUACUCCCAUUCCCAAAGCCACAGCCACACGCAGCCGUAGUGCCACCACACACCAGACCUCUUCUCGCUACAGCUGAAGCGAUGACAUGUUGGAGAGGCUGUCUCUGUAUCUGGGAAGGAUCAUUUUGAGUGGGUCCACAGCUCCCUACAUUUCGACAAUUUUGUUGGAUACCCUGUGUUUUUUUUCUCAUUUUGAGUUUUUUAAUUUUUUUUUUGUGCUGUUGCUGUGGGUUGACACAUCUCCUAAUCAGGCUUCAGCAGUGGAUGUACAUGCCUCCUAAGGAUAUGGUCAGUCAUCUUUCUCAAAUGGAUGCCUGCUGCAUGGGCUAAGUGCUCCGUGAUCGUCAUCUCUGCAGUGCUUUGGAGUGUGCAGGCCUGGCACAGCCAGCCCUUAUCCUGCUUCAGUGGCUUCAGCUGAGCCGCUGUAUCACAAGCUCCUCUGGCAGAACGGGCUGCUGUGUGAGAACCUCAGUUCUGGACCACAGAGAAGCUGCCUUAAGCAAUGCUUAAUCUGGAUGUUAUGGCAGCUGGUCUGAAUCCUCAGAUUUCCACCUCGCCAAGAUAAGCUGGAUCUCCACGGCGUCGACAUGUCCCUUGAACCCGGACCGCCUUUGCUGUAGUUUCGAGGCUGGAACUUCUGCUUUUCCUUCUGUGACUUGGAUUCCUGGGAUAUACACAGGAUAGUUAAGGUUGAGUGGUCCGUGUUUUCCCCAUGGCAUGCUGUUUCAAGUCCCGCCACCAUGGAAGCUGGACACUUAACACCCCUCUACCAGAUGACGAAGCUGAGCAGCACCACGGCACAAUGGUGGGAGAGGGGGGCAGCACAGGGGACAGCACCCCUCCCCCAAAGCGCAAGGGCAAGUUCCCCAACCUCGGCAAGAUCUUCAAACCCUGGAAGUGGCGGAAGAAGAAAAGCAGCGAGAAGUUCAAGGAAACUUCCGAAGAACUUGAGCGAAAGAUGUCCACGAGGCGUACGCGGCAAGAGCUCAUAGAGCAGGGGGUGCUGAAGGAGGUCCCGGACAACGAUGGAGACACACAAAACGUGAAGCAGUCAUACGUAAAGAACGGCCACACUCUGCCUGUCGGGGGAGGUGGAGGAGGUGGUGGAGGUGGAGGUGGAGGAGGAGGAGGAGGAAUGAGUGGAGGCAGGAGCCCGUGUAAUCAGGGCAAACUCCCCUCGGAGUCAGACUUCAGGAUGAACCCCGCGUGGCUCACCCAGCCGGACGACCGCAGGGGCCGCUCUCCCUCGGAUGGGGACCGCCGCGGAGCUCUGCCCUCCAGGGGCACGGGACUGCACGAAGACGGCCGGAGAAGCGGCGGGAUGGGGCCACGGGCGCACGGGGAGGGCGAGUGGAAGUCCAACUUGGCCUGGCAGGGCCAGAUCCAUGGGCAGAUGGAGGAGGGCAGACGCGGAGGCAGGCUGCACCCCGAGGACGGGCAGAAGAGGCCGGGCCUGCAGAAGGCCCCGUCAGAGGACGGCAGGAGGAGUCGGCCCGCGGAAGCAGACUGGAAGCCAACGCUCCCCCGACACGCCUCGGCCGAGGAAGGAAGAGCCCGCAGAGAGUCAGACAGCCACUUCGUCCCCGAUCCGGAGUCUCUGCGGGACACCCUCCGCGAACCUCUGCCGCCCAAGCAGUCGGUCAUGCCCCCGAAAUGGCUGAUGAGCUCCGCCCCCGAACCCGGCGGCGAGGGUCAGCCCCGGACGCCGUCCAACCACCCGACGCCCCAGUACCCCUCCCCCUCCGCUGUGACGUCCAAACCGGCUCGGUCCGUGUCUUCCGCGGGUGCCAACGCUCAGCAGCAGCAGCAGCAGCAGCAGCAGCCUUCGGGGCCGUCCCUGACCUCCACCGCUCAGGCCGCCAAGCAGCCCCCCCUGCCUCCGCCCAAACCCGUGAACAGGGGCAACGCGGCCAUGCUGGUCUCCGCCCUGCAGGGGGGAGAAAACGCUCAGCUUCCUCUCUACUGGUCCUGCUGGAAGCGAGAGUGCGACUAUGAUGUCUACCUGUCCCUGCCCGUGUACCUGUGCCGGCGGGCCGGAGGCCUGCGCUCAGCUGACUUUACGCAAGCUACAGGGGGCGCCAGUCUUGUGCCGGCCAAGCCCUCCCCUCCGAUGCCUCCCAAGAGGACCACGCCGGUCACCAAACGCAACACGGACGACUCGGCUUCGAGCCACCCCAUCAGCCCCUCGCCGCUUUCCCUGGAGGACCACGGCAGCCUCCCCGUGGGCUUCCAGCUGCCUCCCCCUCCUCCCUCCCCGCCCCUGCCCACUCACAGGCCACCUUCGCCACCCCGCCAACACAUACACACCCACCACCUCCACCAUCAGCACUCCUACCCGCACCCGCUGCCCCAGCCCAUACCGAUGCUGUUCGACCCGCCGAGCCCGACCAACGAGUCCCCCCAGCGCCCGGCUCCUGUGCCUCUGCACAUCAUGAUCCAGCGAGCCCUCUCCAGCCCCGGCCCGGCUCAGCCCCAUCCGGACGGGCUGCAGCGUGCGCACACUCUGCUUUUCGAAACCCCCCCGGAGUACCAAGGAGACCGCGGUCGCCCCCUGCCCGUCAGCAUCCAGCCACUGAAACUGUCUGAAGAUGACUACUCGGAGGAGGAGGAAGAAGAAGACGAAGAUGAUGAGGAAGAGGAGGAGUAUGACGGGGAGAUCCCCCAGCCGGAGCUGGAGCCGCGGAGUCGGCGGUGCUUUGUCGGCGACGCCGGCGUUUGUGUUAUCCCGGGAGGAGAUAGCAGUGAGGAGGAAGAAGAGGAGGACGUGGAUGAAGAAGGAGAGCACGAGGAGGACAGUGACUCGGAUGGUCCCGUGCACCACAAAGAGGAGGACUCGGAUGAAGACGAGGAAGAUGAACCCCCACCCAGUGCCCUGGCCAGCAGGGUCAAGAGGAAGGACACCCUGGCUCUGAAGCUGAGCAGCCGUCCCUGCGCCCCUGAGAGGGACCGGUUCACCCAGGACAGGAGCAGCCGAGAUGAGCAUCCUCCGGGUCAGACUGGUCUCACCUGGCAGAGCAGGGAGCAGUGGGAGGCCAUUCGCACCCAGAUCGGCACUGCGCUCACGCGGCGACUUAGCCAGAGACCCACUGCUGAGGAACUCGAGCAAAGAAACAUCCUGCAGCCUAAGAAUCAGGCUGACAGGCAGGCAGAGGUCAGAGAGAUCAAGCGCCGGCUGACCAGGAAGCUGAGUCAAAGACCCACAGUUGCAGAGUUGCAGGCGAGAAAAAUCUUGCGAUUCCACGAGUAUGUGGAAGUCACGGACGCCCAAGAUUAUGACAGGAGGGCGGACAAGCCGUGGACCAAGCUGACCCCGGCUGACAAGGCGGCCAUCCGGAAGGAGCUCAACGAUUACAAGAGCACCGAAAUGGAGGUUCACGAAGAGAGUAGAAUUUACACAAGGUUUCACCGGCCUUAACGUCCCCGCUCGUGGAUAACGAAGCACUUAAUAUCUCCGUGUCAAAGAAGCUGCUCCCUAUGCAGACCGAACGGCCCUUUACGUUCCCAGAAUGUACUGUAGAGUUUGUCAGGAAAAAAGCCUGGAAUAGACUCGAAACAAGAAUGCUUCUCGCUCGCCCCUCCCAUCGCCCCUCCCACUACAUUGCUUUCGCUGAACUGAGGUGGUGGUGGGUACGGACCAGAUGCAGUAUUCCUCCCAGACGACCGGGGGGAACCACGUGCCAAUGAAGUGAAGAAGUGGCGACGGACCUACAGGGCUUACUCUCACUCUGCUGCUGUGUGGUACCCCUCAGGGACUCGGAUCUAGUUACUACCUUUAAUGCGGCCUCAUUCUGUGUUGCCUUUUUCUCUUCUUUACUGUACAUAGGAAAGCUAACUCAUCUUGUUAAUGUAAUAACAUACAACGACAAUGGUAAUAUAAUCAUGAUGACCUAUAACACUUCACACAGUAAUAAUAGAUAAUAUAGGCAAAAGGCUGCAUCACAAGCAGGCUGGAGGUUGAAGACUGGGAUUUUCUGCUUUAGGACUGGAUAUCUCUGGGAUAUUGUGUUUUAUAUUAACUGUGUACAGACUGCUUAUUGAUAUUAGAAUGAAACUGGGAAAGAUCUAAUUACAAAAUAUUCUGUAAUGCACAAGAUAUUUUAUAUUGUAAUUUUGAUCACAUGAGUAGUGGCUGCUUUCAUUUGAGCCUUUUUUUUUUUUUUUUUUUUUUAAUUAUUAUUUUUUGGCUUGCCUGUAUUUGUUGUUGUGACGUGAGGUGGCCAUUUAAGCGUCAAACUAGUUUUAGAAAAAGGUGCAGGUCAGGAGCCUGUUGUGUUUUCAUGUGUGCCAACAUGCACAAUGCCUAAAGGACUAUAGGAUACUGGUUUUCUUCUCAUUGAUUUCUGCAAUCCACUGCAUGAGCCAACACAGACUCCAGUGCCACUGGAUCUGGAUAAUCUUAUCUUCAUUUAUACUUUUUUAUGAGUUUUUGUACUUCCCUUUAAAGAUUUAACAUGCAAUGCAUUCUGUAGCCAUUUUGAAUAAGGUCAUGCCGAUAGCGUCCAUAUUAAGAGUUAAAUCAGGCAAAAUCUGCUUUAUUGGCCAAGUAUGUGUACACAUGCAAGGAUACAACUUUUUUUUUCGAAGUAGGUUGCGAGUGUAGAUCAGGGAUUUGUCAAAAAAAAUAAAUAAAUGAAUAAAAAUCUGAAAAUGUAUAAGCGGCCUACAGGGAGUCAGUCUGGCUGGAACCUUCUGCAGAAUUGUUUUAUCUUGUAUUGUUGUCUGGCCAGUAGCUUACAGGGUUCUCUAUGCUGUGUACAGGUUGAUAUAGAUUUAAACUGAUGCUUCUGUAUAUCUUGUCUUCCUUUCAUUUGAAAAGAAACUUUAAAUAUAAAAGUAUUAUAGGUUGCUAUUUUUUUAAGCACAAAAUAUUAGUUUAUCAUUAAAUGCUACAAGACCGGGAAUACGAAAGUGUACCUUUUCUGUAAAAAUUAAGUUCAUUUUUAAUUGAAUGUGGAACUCUAUGAGCGGACGGUUUUCUUUUUAAUUGUAAAUAGUCACAUCUGGAUCUAAUUAAAAAUCCUAUAAUUC